CCUGGUAUCCGAGCGGAGUCUCCACGAUAUUGUUUAGUUCUUCGUCGACGGUCAGUUUAGGCGCACAUGCGCAAAAUACUCACAAAAUCGAAAGCUUCCCCUUAAAAAAGAAUAGAAAACAACAACAACAACGAAAAAAAACUUUAACGGUGAUUUGGAUUUGAAUAUUUUUAGAAAAAAAAAAAAUUAAUAAAAUAUAAAGAAAGCCGAAAGAAAGAAAAAAAGUUUUGGAAAACUGGCAAUUUCAUAACGAAUAAAAAUUAUUCAAAAAAUAAUAAAAAAAUUAAAAACUAAACAAGUUAAUUUAUUAAACGGUUUCACUUUCGCUGGCUGCUUGUUCGUCGUCUAUGCUCGAAACUCGCUUGUAACAUAACAAAAAAGUGUCCUCAUUUCAGUGUCUAGUUUUUUUUUGUUAAAAAAAUUUGAUUUAAAAAAAGAUUCCAAACAAAUACUCAAACAAUAACAACAAUUUGUCACCAUAAAACAUUUACAACAACACCACUUGACUGACACCAAAAUGCAAAAAUAUUUGUUUAUCGCUGUGAUAUUGGCGCUGCAGAUGAUCGGUGCAAACACGGCAUUGCCAAAAUCAGUGCCACCAAAUGCAGAUUGUCCACACUGUGUAGACGACACGCAAUACAUGAACAAAUGGACAAUGCCGCUGUUGAAACUUGGCGAAAAGCGUUAUUAUCUUGGCAUCUUCUUCAAGGCAAAUUGGUUUAAGGCCACACAAUAUUGUCGUUACCAUGGCAUGCACUUGGCAAGCAUAUCAUCGCAAGAAGAGAACGAUAGACUGGAGAAACAUAUCAAAGAUUUUGGUUUGGGUAAUGAACAUUUCUGGAUAUCGGGUACCGAUCUAGCCGAUGAGGGUAGCUUCUUCUGGAUGGCUACUGGACGCCCGAUCACCUUCACAAAUUGGAAUGCUGGCGAACCGAAUAAUUUCCGCUAUGAAAAUGGUGAAGAGGAAAAUUGCAUGGAACUGUGGAAUCGUGAUGGCAAGGGUCUGAAGUGGAAUGAUUCACCCUGUAGUUUCGAGACAUAUUUCGUGUGUGAAGUACAACCCUGAGUAAGGAUGAAUAGGUGGAACCACAACGACUACUACAACAACCACAACAACAAUGGAUUUAGGAUAACAAAUUUUAAACGAAUUAAGAAAAAACAAAACGAAUUGGCAAGAAAAUAAGUAAAACAAACAAAAAAAAAACAUGGAUAGUAAUUUUUUAGCUCUCUUUUUUAGGCUUUUUUCCAUAUUCCAUAAUGCUAGUGGCUUUCACAAAUGUCCUUUACAUUUCAUUAAACAAAAUGCAUUUGAUUUAGUUUAGUUGGAGAAAAAUAUUGAAAAUUUUAAUAAUUUGCCUAAUUUUUAGUUAAAAUGCAUGCAUGCAAUUAAAGAAAAUGAUAAUCUCUCUCUCACACACUCUCUCUGCCACUGAAUCACAACAACUCACACAAUAACUCACUUACUCACAAAUACAUGCAUAAUUUACACAUAUUGUUGCUACCACAAUUAACACAAUGACGAUGUCGACGAAGAGCUUUGAAUGACAGAAAGAAGUCUGUGCGUAGUUUAUUUUUACCAAAGGAUUUGUUUGGAAAUCCUUACAGAUUUUAGUGAUACAUCCGACCAAUGGACCGACCGACCGCCCGCCCCUCACUCACUCACAACACAAACACUAUCAUAUGUUGCUUUUCAUGCCUCUUCAUUUGUAGGAAUAGUUUAAAAAAUGAAUGAAGAAGAAUGUACGUAUUUUUUAAUCGUGUUUAGUUUUUUUAGUUUUAGUAAUUAGUUAUAAUUAUUUAUGUUUACAACAAAAAGACAACAAUCUAAAUGUUCAAACAAAUGAUAUUGUUUAGUAAUUAAAGAAAGAAAAUAAAAUGUAAAUAAAAUUGAAAAAAAAAACAACAAAA